AUGUCUUCGGCCUCACCGCAAAAGGUGUCGCUAUAUUCGACAAACGAUCUCAAGAACGCGACCGACGACUCUCUGGCACCAUACCUCACAACGCUCCCCAAACCAUACACCUUCACCCAACAGCACACCAAGACCGACGUCCACUUACUCCUCGGAUACACAGCAGUCCUCAUCGCUGCCGUCCUAUUCUACGCAGACUACAAGCUCGGCUGGGCCGCGACCAAGGCAUACACUGGCCCCGCGUGCGUGGCGUAUUUUGUGCUCAAUGGCGCCCUGACAUAUUGGAUCUGGGCCGUCGAGGCCGGCACGGUGUUCGUGGGAAUUAGGGAGGGGGGACAAAAGUUAACCCUCAAGUCCUCAACACAAAAGUACAAGCCGAUAUACAAGCUCAAAGUGACGUACGAGGCGCCCUCGGGCAAAAGAUGGGAGGACAAGGAAAUGCAAGGCUCGUUCACGCAGUGGUUCAAUACACAUGGAUAUCUGCAGAAGAAGGAAUUGUAUGCUUGGUUGGCGGGGAAUAUUGAAGUGAUUGGUCUGGCGGAGACGGAGAAGGAAAUGCAAACGAAGACAAAAGAUACUGGCAGCACGUCGAUACCCUUAGCCGUCGAGGCAGAACCGUCAUCAUUCUCUACAGGUGCUGUGGCCGAGGAUGCCGGUGUAACGGCCACGAGUAGUGCCAAGAAGGGCAGAGGCAAGAAGAAGGCCUGA